AUGGUGGCCUUUAUUGUCUUCUUCCUGCCUCUAGCCCUAGCAGCAGACCAGAGCGUGAGUCUAUCCGACCCAUCUGGACAAAGGCAUACUCUAAUGCACAAGAACCAGUUCUUCUUCUUCAUCAACCAAACCGAGACCCUCUUCUCUGGAGUCUCAGCACAAUGCAACCUACCCCUCUCGGUUCCGAUUCCAGAAUGCCCGCAAGAGUUGCUCAACCUCCUCAGCGGGAGCGAGUUCUACACCGUGCAGAAUGAGACCAUCAUGGACAUUCUCUGCCGUGAGCCCUGCCCGCCAGCCCUGGAUGCCUACCGACAAAACGUGCAAGAGGCCUGCGCCAACGAUCCCCAGCCGCGAGUCGGCUACCCGGCAACAUACUGGGUUGACGCCGUGUCCUCGGUGCAGAGGCAGAUGUGCCUCAAGGAUUCAGCCACUGGCACAUACUGCACACAAUUUCUCGAGCAGACGCUGGGUGACGCAACUGACCCGCAGGAUCUGCUUGGCGGGUAUACGACAGAGCAGCUAUGCUCGGAGUGUAUUGUCGCCCUCUUUACCCAUCAGCAGUCGACCCCCUACUCCAACUACGACAUCGAGAUGGCCAACGCUUGGGCUGAGAUCCAGGCCCGCUGUAAUCUGGAAUACCCAACUGCGACGCCGACUCUCGAGACCAAUGUGACAAGCCUAGGGAACUACGCCCCCUCGGGCUAUGCAACAGCUGCAUGCGUUGGCGGCCGCACCCACGAGGUCAUCAGUGGCGACAACUGUAUCGACAUCUCCAAGGCUAGCCGGGUCUCAACGGGGUCGCUGAUAACCCUCAACAGUCUACGAAUGGACUGCACGAACCUGCUUCUCGGCCAGACCCUCUGUCUGCCGCCCGAAUGCGACGACUACGUCGUUCAGAGUGGUGACACUUGCAUCAACAUCGCGGCCAAGUUCUCCGGCAUCUCGUACCAGCAAAUCGUCGCCUGGAAUCCCACGAUCAACCCCUACUGCACGAAUCUCCUCGUCGGCCAUAACAUCUGCGUCGGCCCGCCUGGUGGCAUCGCGAACUUUACCACCGUGCCUGGAGCCACGGCCACGCAGACGGAUCUGUAUGCCACCGAGACGGCUUCCAGACCGACUCCUGUGGCCGAGGGAACAACGACUAAGUGUGGCAAAUACUAUCUUGUGCAGCCAGGCGACUACUGCGAGAUAAUUGCACUCACUCAAACAGUCUCGCUGGAGAUGUUCCUAGCCAUGAACCCCCAGAUCGACGACGCAUGCAGCAACCUGCUCUCCGGCUUCAACUACUGCGUACAGCCGACGCGCAACUGGGCUGCGACCACGACCUCGCCUGUUAUACCGCCGCCAACAUCCACUCCGCCGGGCACGACGACGGAGUGUUAUGAAUGGUACGUCAUCCAGUCAGGAGACUACUGUGGUAAAGUGCAGGACCAGUUCGGUAUCACUUUUGCGCAGUUUCAGGCCUGGAACCCGGCCCUCGCGGAUGACUGCUCUAACCUCCUUCUCGAUGUGGCGUACUGUGUCAACGGUGCUGUUCCGUCGGCCCCUGCAGCAGCAGCAGCAUCUCGCCGGACCCUGGACGCCAGGGCAGAGGGAUGCGUGUAUGCCGAAGGGUGUAAGUCUGACAGGCCGGUGCGAGGCUUAUCCGGUUUUGUGAGGCCGCGCGGUCCUGUCCAGACUCAAAUGCCGGAAGUUGGUGGCGGCGUGGCUAUAGGUUGGCCUGGGGUGAACUCGCCUAAGCUACGGCAGCAGAUGGGGUUGGGGGUUUGA